AUGAAUGAAGCGAUUGCAAAGCAAAAGGUCUCGACGAAGAAGAUGAACGCUACAAACGCUAGGGGGCUUAAUGCCAUGAAGCAAAAGAUCAAGAGAAACAACAAAGACUACACUACCGAAAUCGAGAAGUAUCGGGAGGACAAGUUUGAUUACAUGAUGUCAGAGGAAGAAGAGGAGGUCGUGCCUGUCGAAAAGACGAAAAAGGCAAAGGUGUCAUACGCAGAGGGAAUCGAUGCUGGAGAUGAUGAGGGCUUCUCGACCGUAGGCCGAGGAGGUAAAACGCUACAAUAUACCCCCGAAAGUAUUUUGAAGCAUCUUCGAUCAAUUGUGGAGUCUCGAGGGAAGAAGAAUACAGACCGGGCAGAGCAGAUCAGAAUAAUGGAGAAGCUGCUAGAGGUCGCCGACACGCCGUAUCGCACUAUUCGAGUCCUUCUCACCGUAAUAGCAACCCGUUUCGAUUUGACUACCGGCUCGACGGCGACUUUCAUGUCUCAAGAAAACUGGAAAUCCGCCGAGCAUGAGUUUGGCAAACUUCUCGAAACACUAGAAGCGAACCGAAACCUGGUCGUGGUCGAGAACGCCGAGGAGUGGGAUGAUGACGAGAAGCCACCGCACCCUGCACCAGGAGAGAAGCUCAAGAUUCCUGGAAGCGUCGUAUCAGUAGUCGAGCGUCUGGAUGACGAGCUCACGCGGUCACUGCAGCACAUCGAUCCUCAUACGGCUGAAUACAUAGAAAGAUUGCAAGAUGAGCAAGCUCUCUACACCGAUAUCCUGCGGGCUUUGCUCUACGUCGAAAAUCUGAAACGGGAUGAAAAGCUUGAACAGUCCGACGAUGCUGCGAACAGGGUCGUGAUGAGGCGGUUGGAGCACGUAUAUUUUAAGCCUGCGCAAGUCGUGCACAUCCUCGAAGAAAAUGCUUGGAAAGCAAUACCGUCCCAACUCGAUUCAUCUAUCACUCCUCGUGCCAAUGAUGCAGACAUAGAUUCCCUGGUCCAGACAUUAAGCACAUAUCUUUUCAAACACAGCGCGGAUAUCAUUCGCGCAAGAGCCUACCUUUGCCAGGUCUACUACUUUGCGCUGCACGACCACUAUUACAAGGCUCGAGAUAUGCUGUUAAUGUCUCACUUGCAAGAAACGAUCGCAAACUUCCCCAUCAAUACACAAAUUCUGUUCAACCGUACUUUGGUGCAAGUCGGUCUCUGCGCUUUCAGGGCAAACCUAGUCUACGAGUCACAAAAUACCCUUCAAGAAAUUUGCGGUAGCGGACGGCAAAAAGAGCUUCUCGCCCAAGGCGUCAUGAUCCAGAGAUACUCACAAGUAACACCAGAACAAGAGCGACUCGAGAGGCAACGACAACUACCCUUCCACAUGCAUAUCAAUCUUGAGCUGCUAGAGUGUGUCUACCUGACAUGCUCGAUGCUGUUGGAGAUCCCUCUGCUGGCGCAGACCGGUUCGUCACCAGACGUCAAGAAACGAAUCAUCAGCAAGACGUACCGCCGUCUCUUAGAAUUUCACGAGCGCCAGAUCUUUACUGGACCGCCUGAAAACACUCGAGACCACGUCAUGCAAGCCUCAAGAGCGCUAGCUGCUGGCGAGUGGAAAAAGUCUGCUGAGCUCAUCAACUCAAUUAAGAUCUGGGAAUUGAUGGCCGAGCCAGAAAAGAUCAAGGACAUGCUGUCAGCCCAAAUACAAGAAGAAGGCUUGAGGACGUAUCUUUUCACAUACGCUCCAUUCUACGACACCUUGGCAGUUGGCACACUAGCAUCGAUGUUCGAGCUUUCAGAGAGAAAGGUUGCUGCCGUCGUGAGCAAGAUGAUCUCGCACGAGGAGCUGGCAGCAGCUCUUGAUCAAGUCAAUAGCGCCAUCAUUUUCCGAAAAGGCGUUGAACUGUCGAGACUGCAAAGCCUAGCUCUUACGCUCAGUGACAAGGCUAGUGGUCUGAUAGAAGCAAACGAGCGGACUUUAGAACAAAGGACACAGGGUACAGCUAAUGCUUUCGAGCGACAAGGUGGCCAAGGAGGUAGGGGCGGACGUGGUGGGAGAGGGAGAGGUGGAGGCCAAAGAGGAGACCGUGGCGGUUCCAGAACUCGUGGUGGACAGCAAUUUGGUGGUGGUGCUCUUGGUGGUGCAAUCAAAGCUUAA